GCACGCGCACCCCGCACGCGCAGCCGGCCGCCAUCACAGGUGUCGCCAGCUAGCCAGCAGGCUAACUCUCCGGCGGUGGUAUGCGCCGAGGAGAAGGAGAAGGAUCCUUCUGAGCCGCGCCUCUCGUCGGCUGAGCGGCGCCGCCAUGGAGUGCCGCGUCCUCUCCAUCCAGAGCCACGUCGUCCGGGGCUACGUGGGCAACAAGAGCGCCUCUUUCCCGCUGCAGGUUUUAGGCUUUGAAGUGGACUCCAUCAACUCUGUGCAGUUCUCCAACCACACAGGAUAUUCGCACUGGAAGGGUCAGGUAUUGACCGCCGACGAGCUGCACGUCCUCUACGAGGGCAUCAAGCUGAACAACGUGCACCAGUACGAUUAUGUCCUCACAGGCUACACCAGGGACACGUCUUUCCUGGAGAUGGUGGUGGACAUUGUCCAGGAGCUGAAGAGAGCCAACCCCAACCUGGUGUACGUGUGUGACCCGGUGCUGGGUGACCAUGGAUCUAUGUACGUCCCUCAGAACCUUUAUCCCGUUUAUAAGAACAAGGUGGUUCCUGUGGCUGACAUCAUCACUCCCAACCAGUUUGAGGCCGAGCUGCUGACGGGUAAAAACAUCAGCACAGAGAAAGACGCGGUCGAGGUGAUGGACCUGCUGCACGCCAUGGGUCCAGACACGGUGGUCAUCACGUCCUCCGACCUGCCCUCCAGGCUGGGAGACCGCUUCCUGGUGUCGCUGGGCAGCCAGCGCCACGUUCGCCCAGACGGCAGCAGGACCACUCAGAGGGUUCGGAUAGAAGUUCCCAAAGUGGACGCCGUCUUUGUGGGGACCGGGGACUUGUUUGCUGCCAUGCUGCUGGCGUGGACGCACCACUACCCCAACGACCUGAAGACGGCGUGCGAGAAGACAUUCUCGGUGAUGCAUCACGUCAUCCAGAGGACCAUAUCGUACGCUCACGAACUCGCCGGUCCCGGUCGCAGACCCAGUCCGCCCCAGUUGGAGCUGAGGAUGGUGCAGAGCAAAGCGGACAUCGAGGACCCCGCCAUCGUGACGGAGGCCACCGUCAUAUCGUAACGAUCGCCCGCCUCAGCCCCUGUAAAGCUCAUUUUCUAACACAUCUUCUCGGACGGACAGGAAGUCACAAACGCAACACGAGCCACGGCGCCCCCCCGCCAAGGUAGUGCUCCUGCCACCGCCACGCCACACUUUGCGCUCCACGUUCCGUUUGUCUAUGGCGCUCGUUGUCGUCUUGUCCUCCACGCCUGGUAGCGGCGUUAGCGCUUGGCUGUGUCUCAAAUGGAGCGCUUGCUCCAGUGCACUUCCAUAAGUACACUGCGAGUGUGGGAAUGUCCAAAUCCAUCACAAUAUUUACCUGCUUCUCCUCAUGCGCCAUUGCCGCUCUGAAUGCAGCGUCCGUGUACCGGCAGUAGGGAUGUAACCAUAUACGCUAAAAUCAUCAACCACGGUAAGACCACCCCCACGCUUCAUCCUACCGGUUUAAAAGUGAAAUGAUGCUAAAAUCGGGAUUUGAUGAAGUCAAAUGGCUUAAUAGCUAACAUGAAUACAACACACAGGACCUCUUUCCCUUAUUAAAAAAUGUCAUUCCCCAAUCUAAAAUUGUAUAAACACAUCACUGUCUGAGUAAUUAUUUUUAAUUGAGUACAUGUGUUGAUGGGACUAGUGUUUUUUGGUACCGGUACCAAAAUUAUUUUGAGACAUUUCAGUAUUUUUCGGUACUUUUAUAAAUAAAGGCGACCACAAAAAAUGGCAUUAUUGGCUUUAUUUUAACAAAAAAAAAAAUCCUCGGGUACAUCAAACAUGUUUAUUAUUGCAAGUUUGGCCUUAAAUAAAAUACUGAACAUACAAAAAAAACAAAGGGCCCUGUGAUGAGGUAGCGACUUGUCCAGGGUGUACGCCGCCUUCAACCCGAUUGUAGCUGAGAUAGGUUCCAGCACCCCCCGCGACUCCAAAAGGGACGAGCGGUAGAAAAUGGAUGGAUGGAUGGAUGAUAAACCCGUAGGCUGUGCUCUCUUAGAGAGAUCGAUCGAUACUCGAAGCAAUAUGACAACAGGAAGUGAAUUUGCGCGAUGACACAUAAAACCGGACGUAACGCGCACAACACGUUUUUCUUUCCUUUGUCAUUAAAAAACACUUCACAUAUUAAAAACGGAAGAAGAUCAACUUUUUUCUCUCCUCUCCCCAUUAAAAAAAGUAGAAAAAAAGAUAAAAAUAAGAUAAACAUUUUUACAGAGACUAAAGCAGAACAAUAUUAUUACUCGGGGUGUCAAUUUUUUAAAUUUUAAAAUAUAUAUGUAUUAUAAUACUCAUUUGAUUGAGAUACUUUAUUAAUCACUCAGUAAAAUCCACAUUUUUAUAUACUUAAAUAUAAUUUUAAAUACUUUAUUCAUCUCUAAGUAAAAUUCACAUUUUUAUGUAAUUAAAUACGAUCUUGAUAUUUUUACUUUUAUUAUUGCUAUUCAUUAAUCUCCCAAAAUUAACAUUUUUUUAUUUAUAUUUGCUAUAAUAAAAUAAUAUAUUGUGUUAUAGAUGAUUGAAUUCAUUUUUAAGAUUUAGUAUUAAAAAAACAUUUUUCUUUUAAUCUGUGUUGGCCCUGCGAUGAGAUGGAGACUUGUCCAGGGUGUACACCGCCUUACGCCCGAAUGCAGCUUAGAUAGGCUCCUGCGACCCAAAAAGGGACAAGCAGUAGAAAAUGGAUGGAUGGAUGGCAAUUCUUAUUUGUAAGGAUUCUUAAUCAAUUAAAAAAAAAAUUCAAAAAUCUUUUUUUUUUGUUUUUGUUUGUUUUAAUCAGUCCCAUCCAGCCAGGCAAGUCAUAUUUUUGAUGUAGAUGCCAAUAUUUUCUGUGGAGAUUCCCUUCAUUAAAUGUUGAAUUUUAAUGAAAUAAAAGCAGUUUUCUUUUAAGUAAGACAGACAUUUAUUACAGCUGUUUAUCUAUUUUAUGGAGGAAUGCCAUAGAACCGGCACCCAAUCUUAUUAAAGUAUUGAUUUUGAAUCGAGAAUCGUUACCCCCAAGAAUCGAACCAAAUCGUGUGGCCCCCUAAGAUUCACAGCUGUAAUUAUUACAUGACAUCUCUUCUACCAAGAAAAUAAAGUGUGUGGCUACUUAAUAAAACUUGGUAGUAAGUGUGAAGGAGUACUUUUUCAGCACAAAUUGAUAAUAAUGACAACCGUGAUAUUGUUAAUGAUAUGAAAUGUUCAUAUUGUUACAUCCUUAAGCGUCAGGGUACUGCAGGCACACAAGAUAUUGAUACAAUGUUGGUUAUACGUUUAAAACUGUCCUUUAAAACUGACUUCUAAGCAACUCUGCAAAAUAGUUGUACUUGUAAAUUGAAACAAGGUUGAUGCCUAACGUUGGAUCUAUGGUGUUGGUUGGGAAAUGACCAAAUUUCAACGUCAAAUCAACAUCACAACCUGACGUUGAACAAACGUCGUCAAAAAGCAUAUUGUUUCAACGUUGUAUUUGUUUUGUAGAAUAUUGGUUGGGAAAUGACCACAAUUUUAUGCUCAAAUCAACGUCGGAACCCAAUAUUGAUUAAACGUCGUAAAGCAUGUUGUUUGAAAGUAUUUGUGGUGUAGAAUAUUGGUUGAAAAAUGACAAAAUUUCAAUGAUCAAAUCAACAAAAAGUAUGUUGUUUUAACUUUGUAUUUGUGUUGUAGAAUAUUGGUUGGGAAAUUACCAAAAUUCAAUAGUCGAAUCAACUUCAGAACCCAACAUUGAUUCAAAGUCAAAAAGCAUGUUGUUUGAAACUAUUUGUGUUGUAGAAUAUUGGUUGAAAAAUGACCAAAACUCAGUGAUCAAAUCAACAUCAGACCCGAUGUUUGUCAAAAUGUAUGUUGUUCCAAUCUUGUAUUUGUGUUGUAGAAUAUUAGUUGGGAAAUUACCAAAAUGCAAUGGUUUAAUCAACGUCAGAACCUAACAUUGAUUAAACGUCAAAAAGCAGGUUGUUUGUAAGUAUUUGUGUUGUAGAAUAUUGGUUGAAAAAUGACCAAAAUUCAUUGAUCAAAUCAACAUCAGGCCCGACGUUUGUCAAAAAGCAUGUUUUUUCGACGUCAUAUUUGUUGUAGAAUAUUGGGUGGGAAAUGAAUUAAAUUCAAUGGUGUAAUCAACCUCAGAACCCAACAUUGAUUGAACGUCAAAAAGCAUGUUGUUUCAACGUUGUAGAAUAUUGGUUGAAAAAUGACCAAAACUCAAUGAUCAAAUCAACAUCAGACCCAACGUUUGUCAAAAACUAUGUUGUUUCAAAGAUGUAUUUGUGUUGUACAAUAUCGGUUCGGAAAUGACCAAAAUUCAACGUCAGAACCCAACAUUGAGUAAACGUCGAAAAGCAUGUUGUUUGAAAGUAUUUGUGUUGUAGAAUAUUGGUUGAAAAAAUGACCAGAACUCAAUGAUCAAAUCAAUAUCAGACCCAACGUUUGUCAAAAACUGUUGUUGCAACAUUGUAUUUGUGUUGCAGAAUAUUGGUUGGGAAAUUACCAAAAUUCAACGUCAGAACCCAACAUUGAUUAAACGUCAAAAAGCAUGUUGUUUCAUCAUUGUAUUUGUGUUGUGGAAUAUUGGUUGAAAAAUGACCAAAAUUCAAUGAUGAAAUCAACAUCAGACCUGACUUUUGUCAAAAAGCAUGUUGUUUCAACGUUGUAUUUGUGUUGUAGAAUAUUGGUUGGGAAAUGACCAAAAUUCCAUGGUCAAUUCAAUGUCAGAACCCAACAUUGGAAUACACGUCAAAAAGCAUGUUGUUUGAAAGUAUUUGUGUUGUAGAAUAUUGGUUGAAAAAAUGACCAGAACUCAAUGAUCAAAUCAAUAUCAGACCCAACGUUUGUCAAAAACUGUUGUUGCAACAUUGUAUUUGUGUUGCAGAAUAUUGGUUGGGAAAUUACCAAAAUUCAACGUCAGAACCCAACAUUGAUUAAACGUCAAAAAGCAUGUUGUUUCAUCAUUGUAUUUGUGUUGUGGAAUAUUGGUUGAAAAAUGACCAAAAUUCAAUGAUGAAAUCAACAUCAGACCUGACUUUUGUCAAAAAGCAUGUUGUUUCAACGUUGUAUUUGUGUUGUAGAAUAUUGGUUGGGAAAUGACCAAAAUUCCAUGGUCAAUUCAAUGUCAGAACCCAACAUUGGAAUACACGUCAAAAAGCAUGUUGUUUGAAAGUAUUUGUGUUGUAGAAUAUUGGUUGAAAAAUGACCAAAAUUCAAUGAUCACAUUAAUAUCAGCCCCAACGUUUGUCAAAAACUAUGUUGUGGCAACGUUGUAUUUAUGUUGUAGAAUAUUGGUUGGGAAAUGACCAAAAUUCAACGUCAGAACCCAACAUUGAUUAAACGUCGAAAAGCAUGUUGUUUCAACAUUGUAUUUUUUGUUGUAGAAUAUUUGUUGAAAAAUGUCCAAAAUUCAAUGAUGAAAUCAACAUCAGACCUGACGUUUGUCAAAAGGUAUGUUGUUUCGGCGGUAUAGCUCGGUUGGUAGAGUGGCCGUGACAGCAACUUGAGGGUUGCAGGUUCGAUUCCCGCUUCCGCCAUCCUAGUCACUGCCGUUGUGUCCUUGGGCAAGACACAUUACCCACGUGCGCCCAGUGCCACCCACACUGGUUUAAAUGUAACUUACAUAAUGGGUUUCACUAUGUAUAGCGCUUUGAGUCACUAAGAGAAAAAGCGCUGUAUAAAUAUAAUUCACUUCAUUUCACUUGUUUCAACGUUGUAUUUGUGUUGUAGAAUAUUGGUUCGGAAAUGACCAGAAUUUAAUGGUCCAAUCAACGUCAGAACCCAACAUGGAUUAAACGUCAAAAAGCAUGUUGUUUCAACGUUGUAGAAUAUUGAUUGAAAAAAAUACCAAAAUUAAAUGAUCAAAUCAAAAAGUAUGUUGUUUCAACGUUGUAUUUGUCUUGUAGAAUAUCGGUUCGGAAAUGACCAAAAUUCAACGUCAGAACCCAACAUUGAUUAAACGUCAAAAAGCAUGUUUGAAAGUAUUUGUGUUGUAGAAUAUUGGUUGAAAAAUGACCAAAAUUCAAUGAUCAAAUCAAUAUCAGACCCAACGUUUGUCAAAAACUAUGUUGUUGCAAUGUUGUAUUUGUGUUGCAGAAUAUUGGUUGGGAAAUUACCAAAAUUCAACGUCAGAACCCAACAUUGAUUAAACGUCAAAAAGCAUGUUGUUUCAUCAUUUUAUUUGUGUUGUGGAAUAUUGGUUGGAAAAUGACCAAAAUUCAAUGAUGAAAUCAACAUCAGACCUGACUUUUGUCAAAAAGCAUGUUGUUUCAACAUUGUAUUUGUGUUGUAGAAUAUUGGUUGGGAAAUAACCAAAAUUCCAUAGUCAAUUCAACCUCAGAACCCAACAUUGGAAUACACGUCAAAAAGCAUGUUGUUUGAAAGUAUUUGUGUUGUAGAAUACUGGUUGAAAAAUGACCAAAAUUCAAUGAUCACAUUAAUAUCAGCCCCAACGUUUGUCAAAAACUAUGUUGUUGCAACGUUGUAUUUAUGUUGUAGAAUAUUGGUUGGGAAAUGACCAAAAUUCAACGUCAGAACCCAACAUUGAUUAAACGUCGAAAAGCAUGUUGUUUCAACAUUGUAUUUUUUGUUGUAGAAUAUUUGUUGAAAAAUGUCCAAAAUUCAAUGAUAAAAUCAACAUCAGACCUGACGUUUGUCAAAAGGUACGUUGUUUCAACGUUGUAUUUGUGUUGUAGAAUAUUGGUUCGGAAAUGACCAGAAUUCAAUGGUCUAAUAAACGUCAGAACCCAACAUUGAUUAAACGUCAAAAAGCAUGUUGUUUCAUCAUUUUAUUUGUGUUGUGGAAUAUUGGUUGGAAAAUGACCAAAAUUCAAUGAUGAAAUCAACAUCAGACCUGACUUUUGUCAAAAAGCAUGUUGUUUCAACAUUGUAUUUGUGUUGUAGAAUAUUGGUUGGGAAAUAACCAAAAUUCCAUAGUCAAUUCAACCUCAGAACCCAACAUUGGAAUACACGUCAAAAAGCAUGUUGUUUGAAAGUAUUUGUGUUGUAGAAUACUGGUUGAAAAAUGACCAAAAUUCAAUGAUCACAUUAAUAUCAGCCCCAACGUUUGUCAAAAACUAUGUUGUUGCAACGUUGUAUUUAUGUUGUAGAAUAUUGGUUGGGAAAUGACCAAAAUUCAACGUCAGAACCCAACAUUGAUUAAACGUCGAAAAGCAUGUUG